GGAGGCGCGACAGCAUUGCUCCAAAGCUCCUGGUUCCCCACUGCUCUGCACUUGCCAUCAUGCUGAGGACUGCUGUUUUUGUCUUUAUCGCGUGCUGUGCGCUUUCAGCGCUGUCAUUGGCUGGAGACACAAACAAAUCCAAACCUUCAGCAACUGUCGCCCCUGCAAGUCAAUUUGACAGUUCAAACACCACCAAGCCUCCAAAACCCACCACCAAGCAUCCAAACACCACCACCAAGCAUCCAAACACCACCACCAAGCAUCCAACCACCACCACCAAGCCUCCAACCACCACCAAGCAUCCAAACACCACCACCAAGCAUCCAACCACCACCACCACCAAGGCUCCAACCACCACCACCACCAAGCCUCCAAACACCACCACUACCACGGCUUCACCAACGCCCACACCUAGACCCUCCGCUGGCUUGACCGUAGGAUACUACAAUAUCACAAAAAAUAAAAGUGAGACCUGCCUGAGGGCUCAGAUGGCGCUGCAGAUCCGAAAAGUAUCAACAAAUGCAAUCUUCAUUGUUCAGCCACAUCUAACCAGUACUAGUGGAAGUUGCAAUGAAAACAGCGCCAACCUUAAGAUUUCCUUUAAAGAGGGCUUCAUUAACUUCAGCUUCACCAAGAGUGUUCCUAAUAACACCGUCUACGUUGAUGCCGUGUCUUUCAGCUUGAACUACCCUUUAACCACAAACGGUACAACUUACAAUGCCAACAACAAGUCAGUCCAUCUGUUCCCUGCACAGAUUGGACACUCCUACUCCUGCAGCGCUGAUUCUAUUUACAUGGGCAACGACCUGUCCCUGGAUGUAAAUUCUGACAGAACGCAAGCCUUCAAUCUGACCAAGAACAACUUUGGCGAUCGUGACUACUGUCCUGCGGACCAGCGUAGUUACAAGAUUGCCAUUGGAGUGGGAGUGGCACUGCUGGUGCUCAUCGUGGUGGUGGUAGUGGCCUAUCUGGUGAGCCGCAAGAGGAGGACCGAUGGCUACCAAUCCCUGUGAGGGGGAUUGGCCAGAAAGGGAUAAGCAGUCACUAAGACCUUCUUAGGUGGAUGAUUACUGAAACCUGUCAUUUCUGUCUUUGUCUCCUAAUUUAACUGGUUGAUGGUUAGUUACAGUUUUCAUUCAGAGGUAUGUGCUACUUUAAACAGCUUGAUUGUACAAUUUGAGAAUAUAAAGUUUUUUAAAUUUAGUUUUAAACGAGUUAAAUGUAGAUCAGUUUGAAUAACAAAAGCAUACUGGUUUUCAUUUUAUUGUCACAGCCACACACUCUACACUCCAUACAGUCAGGUUUUGAAACGCCAGUAUGACAAGUCGAGCGCUUACUUUGUCAUUUAAUGCCAGUUGCUAGGAUGUUUAUUUGUGUCACUAUGGUACAUAAGCAGUGUUUGGAUCACAGAGUUGUAUUGUUCAUUAUUGACAACAGCGGCCCCCCGUUAUGAGUCAUAAUCCAACUGUUGCUAUCACUUAACUCAAGAGUUGUGAGGUAAAAGUCAUUUUUAAUCAUCUUUUCUUUUAAAAUUAGAAGCAGCCUAUUUUUAAAAGCAUUACUGAUUUUUUUUUUU